UUCAACCAGGUAAAAUACUGGAGGAAGUACGACGACCCUGAGCCGGGGGCGAACCGCAUAUUUGUUCCAGCCACUGUGAAUCAGACCAGGCUGGAGAACAUGCUGCCGGACUCUCACUACCUCAUCGAGGUCCGAGCGUUCAACGGUGCCGGCCUGGGACCACCGGGAGAACACUGCGAGAUGUUCACCAAGAGACCACCACCACCAGAUCCACCCAGGAUGUGGCGCUACAUCAGCUGGACAGGAAUGUGGCUGUACGUGUGGUGGGACCACAUCCAGUACGACUGGUUUGGGAAUUUCUCCUUCCCUCUCUACUACAAGGUCAUGUUCAGAAAGACGGGCUACAUCUACGGCAAGGUCUACAUCACCGGCUGGCACUUCAUGGACUUCCCCAUGCCUCAGGUUGGCGACUACGAGCUGAUGGUGAGGGGGCGUUACGAAGGAGGAGACGGCCCCGUCAGGAAGAUCAGGCUUCUGGGUGAGAUUGAAAU